ACACUCUUCAGCUGUUUACUUCCUUGUAAACAAAAUGGAAGCAGUUGCAAUCAUUUAGCGUGAAACAUCCCAGAAAAAAACAGAAAACUUCACUUUUCAGCCCUUAAAAUCGACAGGAGUUACAGAUCGGUGGUUUUGGGACAGACAUCACCAAAAUGCGGAGAGGUGUCGGCGCCGGGGCGAUCGCCAAAAAGAAGCUGGCUGAGGCCAAAUACAAAGAAAGAGGAACUGUUCUGGCUGAGGAUCAAAUAGUGCAGAUGUCCAAGCAGCUGGAAACUUUCAAGACCCACCUGGAAGAAUUUGCCAGCAAACAUAAACAAGAGAUCCGCAAGAACCCACAGUUCAGGGUCCAGUUUCAGGAAAUGUGUGCCACCAUCGGCGUUGACCCACUUGCAUCUGGUAAAGGGUUUUGGUCUGAGAUGCUCGGAGUCGGUGACUUCUACUAUGAGCUCGGUGUGCAGAUCAUUGAAGUGUGCCUUGCCCUGAAACAUAGAAAUGGAGGGCUGAUUACUCUGGAUGAGCUCCAUCAGAGAGUACUGAAAGGACGCGGUAAAUACGCUCAGGACGUGAGCCAGGACGACUUGGUGAGAGCCAUAAAGAAACUGAAGGUGAUGGGGAAUGGGUUUGGGAUGAUUCCCGUUGGUGGUUCUUACUUGGUCCAGUCAGUCCCGGCUGAGCUCAACAUGGACCACACUGUGGUUCUUCAGCUGGCUGAGAAAAAGGGAUACGUCACAGUGAGUGAGAUCAAGGACAGUCUAAAAUGGGAGAAGGAGCGAGCGUGUCACGUGCUGGAUCACCUGCUCAAGGAAGGCCUGGCUUGGCUGGACUCUCAGGCAGCUGGAGAGGCACAGUACUGGCUGCCAGCGCUCUUCUCUGAGCUGACUUCCCGUGACGUCACACCGGAGGAGGCCAAUCAGAUGACACCUUAAGCUGUGGGAGGCCCUGGACCAGCAGCCUGAGGCUUGUUGGUAAACAAAAUGUGCCCUGUGGGAAGAAGGUGGCUCGUGUGACGGAGUUGGCCGGGUCUCUGGAGCUGGCGUGCAGCAUGGACUCCCUCUGAGAUCAGUUUUUGGAUGUGUGGAGGGGAAACUUUCCAAAGAGUGCACUAAUAUUACCACAGAGUCAGUGAAAGGGAGCUCCAGCACACAGCAGAAGAAUUCAGCUUAUAAUAUCAAGGUUUUUGGGUGAUUAGAAGAAAGUUCUUCCAAAUGUAUAAAUGAGAUCAUUCUGUUUUGUUGCACAUUUUUUAUUAUUCUGCAAUAAAAUGCACUUACAUUUAUUACUUGAUAUGACUUUUGACUCAAACUUGUUACCAAUCAGUUUACAUGUUCAAAUCAUCAGAAACCUGGUUAAAUAAAUGACCUGGUUAUAACUGAUCAUAAUUUCCUCUUACAGAUAAGUGCAAAGACAAAUUAAUAACUCUGGAUAAUAUAUUUAAUAUUUCAUCAAGUUUCAAUAUUAAAUCUUUCCCUAAAAUGCUAUAUUCAACAACUCCAAGGAUCAUUUAAUAAAAUUACACUGAUGGCUAUAUUCAAAAGUAAAAACUUUCUCACAUUGAAAGUCAGUUUUAAACUAAAGACUACUAAGAUUUUGAGACAAAGAUGGGAUCUUAAACUGCUAGUGGGGUUUUUUUUUUUUUUUUUUUUUUUUUUUAAGAUUAUAUCACAUCCUGCUCGUGCUGGAAAGAAAAACGAGCAAAAAACUGAUACAUCUUGUGUUUUUGUUUUUAAAAAUCCUGCCCUGAUGAUGUUCAGGCCAGGUAAAUUAAGGUUCUUUUUCCAGAUUUUUAUCUAUCAUCUCUUUAGCAAAUAUGACAUAGUGGAGUCUUUAUCAUAACUAUACUUCUUCCAUUAUAUAUGACUGAUAUUCUUUCCUGAUUUCAGAGAAAGAACAAAAACAACAUACUCUGAUAGCACAAUGUUAGGGCGACCACCAAUGAGACGGGGUAUCUGCCUCAAGGCUUCUGCAGCAGUCAAGCAUCACAUUAUGAUUAUUGAUUAGAGGACCGUUACAAUACAGUUAAAGCCUAUAAUAUUAAGAAACUUGAAUUUCCACACAACUUUCCAAUUUCUUUGCCAAACCAGUGCCUGUGGAAAAACUUAAGAAAAGUGGGAGGAGAAGUAGACUCAAAUUUGUGGUGCAAAACAUUACAUGUUUUGCAUGUGGCAGGGCUUGAACAUCAGUGUUUGUGCGCCUAAAUAUCGCCCAUAUUCAUAAUGUUUAGGAUUUAUUCACUAACUAGCCUUUAAAUUCAUGUGAAACCACCACGGGUGUGUCUUUAUAACGUGUGUGUGAAUUUUUAAGCGUGCAUUCAGAAGUUUGCAUGUCCUAAGUAGGUUUUAAUGAGGCGUUUGGCUGUAGUCUAGUUUAACUGACUUGUUUGACACCUUGUGUGUUAAUACCAACAGCAGAGCUAAAUAUCUGUGUGUGCACGUGCCUAAAUGUAAGCAUAGAAGUUGUGCAGUCUACUUUUAAGUUUUUAUAUUUAAAUGCAAUAACACA